AUGGAGAGACCAGUGAAGGAUGGGAUCCUCUAUGUGCAGCACUGCAAAUUUGGAAAGAGGUCCUGGAGGAAGAUGCGAGCCCAGCUCUUUGCUGCCAGCCCCUCCGGUGUGGCCCGCAUGGAGAAGUUCGAUGUGCGGGAUGACGGCACAGCGAUGGAGAAGACUUCCCUGCGGCGAUGUACCCGCCGGGUGAUCCGCCUUUCAGACUGUGUCUCCGUGGGCCCUGCGGGCACUGAGAGCUGUCCCAAAGCCACCACUGCCUUCUAUGUCACGACCACGGAGAAGAGCUACGUGCUGGCGGCUGAGCAGCGGGACGAGUGGAUUGCCCAGCUCUGCCAGCUGGCCUUCCAGGGUGCAAAGACGACGGAGCAGAGCAGUGCCGGGACCCAGCCUAGCCCCGCAGUCCCCAUGGAGGAGAACUCCAUUUACUCCUCCUGGCAGGACCUGACCGAAUUCCCAGUACUGGUGGUGCGGACGGAUGCGGCUGCCCGCUGCGGUCUGCACGGGCACUACCUGCUCUCAGCCCUUCCCCAGAGCCUGACCUUGAAGGACCCGCA